UUGAGGAGUCGAUUGAGGUCGUCAAGGAUGGAUGAGGCAAGUGCUGGCGCUUCCCGUCGCCGCGGCCACUGGACGCCAGGAGAAGACGAAAAGCUCAGACAGCUCGUGGAGCAAUACGGCCCUCAGAAUUGGAAUUCCAUCGCAGCCAAACUCCAAGGUCGAUCAGGUAAAAGUUGUAGGUUCAGGUGGUUUAAUCAUUUAGACCCUAGCCUUAACAGGAGGCCCUUUUCAGAGGAGGAGGAAGACAAUGUCCGCCUCUUUGGGAAGAGAAGGUCUCACAACUUCAUCAGCAGCAGCCCUGGGGACAUCACCAUGAGCAACUUCCUAACCAAGCCUUCCACAUACGAAGAAGCUGCUGAUACCAUCAAUUCAGGCCUCUGCAAGGAGAUAGCGGCUGGUCUGCAGAAGUUCAGGGUUAUGAACAGCCACAGUGAGGAACCAGAGGAGUCCUGCACCAUGCAUAAGAAUGUUGGAUUCAUAGACUUUCUUGGUGUUGGGACUUAAUUUUGCUUCUUUCCAAGAGUUGUAGUUCUUCUCUUUUUUAAAGCAAUGCCAAGUCUUUCCCUAUCUCUUGAGUUUUUUUUAUCUUUUUUUAAUCCCUUUUCCCAGCUUUUUUGUUCAUUAUUCAUGUGUA